AUAACGGACGACAGCAUCGCCUACACAACACACACACACACACAACAGGGUGUGCGCGAUUCAGGGAGGAAGGUAUAAAAGACCUGCGUUAACGUCGUUUCGGGUCACUUUUGGCACAAAAGUUCAUUUUGACGAUUGGCCGUCCGUUCGCGUUUGUAAUAUAUUACUAAAAAAAAAAAAAAAUCCAAUCCCAGUGUUUUUUUUUAAUUGAACCGCUUAACUAUAUACUAAUCGUUUACCGAAAGUAUCACGAUGAAUUCAAAACGGCCUCAACUGGCUCCAAACCGUUAUAUGUUUAUGGUGAUAACGGUGGUCAUGGUGUUGUUGACCGUCAAUAGCGGCGCGGCAAAACGCGGGUGCGCCAUGUUCGGGCAUUCGUGUUACGGCGGUUUUGGCAAACGGUCUUUUCAGCAGCCCGCAGCCCGGGAUUGGCCGGUGACCAAUGACGAAGCUUCUCAGAUUGACCUCGCCCUAAACAAGUACUUCCAAGUGAAAUCGUCUUCGCCGCACUUUACGCCGUACUGGCAAAAAUGGGUGGAAGUUUACAACCAGCACAACAAAUUAAACCAGCCCAGCGAAGACAACAUAAUGUAAUACUGUCUAAUCACAACAAUAUAAAAAAAACUAAUCCAUUGAGCAAUUAAAAUUGUUUAUAUUUUUGUUUUCGUCGUUUCGUUCCUGUCGUCGGGCACAUAUCAAUUUAAACUGCAGACCCAAAUUAAAUAAAAAAAUACUUUUUUAUUAUUCGACUAUUAAUUAUUUAGUAUUAUACAAUAAUCUACGCUUGUUAUUUUUUUUUAUUAUUGCUUAAAAACAAAAAAUUACCACACAAUAUUAGUAUUAUUAUAAUUGUGUACAAUGUAAUUUUCAGUGGAGCACAUAGUGGGGUAGAGGGUCAUUACUCUCUUUGAGAUAUCUGCAGCCCGGUGAUUUUCGUUUAAAAAAACCAUUUCAAAACAGCUUUUACUAACAUAAUUAUUACACUACAAAUUUUCUACACAUUAACCCUUCUCCGUUCCUACUUCGGAAAAAGCCCUUUGUGCACUACUGAUAAACAAUAGCAAUAGCUAUUUUGUUAAAAAAGCAUAAUUAUUAUUCUCGUGUGUCGUACACUUUCGUUUAGUGUUCUUAGUUAUUGUCGAAUAAAAUUAUUUAGUUGCCAAAUGUUGUCUUACAUU